AUGGAAUCAACUUUAUUGAAAUUAUUGGAUGGCGGACAAGCUGUUGAUGAAAUGACAUCAGAAUUGUGUGACUUUACAUUAGAGCAGCAAAAUUCAUUUGCUGAAAGUCAAGGUAUUAAGACAACAGCAAGUUCUGACUUUCAGCCUGUGCUAGGCAAAACAGUGUCCUACAUAGUUGCAUGUGUAAUAUUCAAUGAAAAUAAUGAGAUUUUAAUGAUGCAAGAAGCAAAGAAAUCAUGUGCUGGAAAAUGGUACCUACCAGCUGGUCGAAUUGAACCUGGUGAGAAAAUAGUGGAAGCAGCACAAAGGGAAGUAUAUGAAGAGACAGGUCUCAAUAUCAGAGUAACAACAUUAUUAGCAGUAGAAUCAGCAAGUGGUUCGUGGUUCCGAUUUGUCGUAACUGGUGAAGUAUUAAAUGGUGAAUUAAAGACACCGUCUCGUGCCGAUAAGGAAAGUCUACAAGCAAAGUGGCUUAAAAAUUUAGAUGAAGUUAUUUUAAGAAGCAAUGACAUCCUGAACAUAAUUGAUAUUGGAAGAAAUUAUUAUAAUCGACCUAAAGAUUCAAAAUGGCAUAGAAACAUAUUGCCUGCCUUAAAAGCACAUUAUAAAAAUUAUUUAAGAAUCGUUAUUGCAGUCCGUAAACGAGCAGCUCCACAUCGAGUUAACAUUUUGAUCAGCGAAAAAACAGCAUUUCAUUUUCCGACUGUUGAAAUUCAUCCAGGAAAGAGUCUUCAUUCAACAUUAAGGAAGUUUAUGGUUGAAUUAUUUGGAUCAGAAGUUCCACAGCAUCGACCAGUUGGGCUCCUAUCCAUCGAACAUAGCCCAUCAUCAUCAACGUCUAAUGCUACUGACGGUAUUUGCUUAACAUUAUUGGUCGUAUUUAAACCAACUCUUGAAGAAAUCUCAUUUAUUGGCAAGUGCUCGUGGUUUGAAUUAAGUAAAGAUGUAAGCGACAGAUUAUCGCUAAUUGUUGUUACUAAAAACUCUACUUUUCCGUUAAAUGUUGUUCGAUAA